CUCCCUUUUGGGACCUACUUGUUCCGCCACUCAGCCAAUAACCACUCCUCCAUUCAACCUCUGGGCCCACUCAGAACCAUAGCCAGCCACAAGAUAAGGGACCAGCCCCUCUCACCCGCUCAAUUUCUGUCACGUGUCAGCAAGCGGAUUCUCCCCUACCUCGCUGCCAUCAGACGCACACCAUAAACCAAAGAAGCCAAUGCAAGCAAGAUGUGCUUUUCUUCGUAGAGAAAACAGAGGAAGAAGAUCCCACACCGACCACCAAAAAAAGAAACAAUAAAAAACGUAUUUCUCCCGAUCAUUUUACUGUUUUCAUGAAUGAUAUGCUGAAGGUGGAGGGAGAUUCGGUUGGCAACGGCUGGGCCCCGCCGGCGUGCGAGUCGUGUCGGUCGGCGCCGUGCGCGGUGUACUGCCGGGCCGAUGCGGCGGCGCUGUGCACCGCCUGCGACGCCGACAUCCACUCCGCCAACCUGCUCGCCCGCCGCCACCACCGUGUCCCCGUCCUCCCUGCCUCGGCCGCCGGCUUCGUCGUCCGGCCCAGCCUCAACCAUUACAGCCAUGUCGGCGGGCCGGAUGGGGCUGACAAGCCCGAGACCGAGCUCCUUGGGGAAGAGGAGGAGGAGGACGACGACGAUGACGACGACGUAGUGUCAUGGCUGCUCCAUGAUCCCUUGAUGAACAGCAAUCAGAGUGGUAAUGGUCUGUUCGGCGACGAGGGUGAUGGGUUUCUGGACCUCAAUGAGUACAAUUCGGGUGCUGAGAAGCAGAGCGUGAGUCAGAAGCAGCACCAGUUGGAUUACAACCAUGGAAAGGGUGAGAAGAGCGAGUAUUUGGUGCCCAAUGGACAGCAGCAGCAUAGCUUUCAGAUGGAGAUGGAGUAUGAAGCCUCUAAAGCUGGGUUCGGAGACUUCGGUUGCGCUGCUUCACUUAGUCACAGCCUUUCCUUGUCAUCAAUGGAAGCAAGCAUGGUAUCAGACACGACUAUGGCAGAUAUCUCAAACUCUCACCUUCAACCUUCCAAAGGGACCAUAGACCUCUUCUCGGGCCCUCCUCUUCAAAUGCCUCCCCAAUUUACUCCCAUGGAAAGAGAAGCCAAGGUUCUUAGAUACAGGGAGAAGAGGAAGACUAGGAAAUUUGAGAAGACAAUUAGAUAUGCAUCAAGAAAGGCAUAUGCUGAAACCCGGCCUCGAAUUAAAGGCCGUUUUGCUAAGAGAUCAGAUGUAGAACUUGAAGUGGAUCAGUUGUUUUCUACCACCAUGAUGACAGACUCUAGCUAUGGCAUUGUCCCUUCAUUCUAGUUCUUCUGUCAAAAUUAUUGUCAUAUGAGAGAAUUCAUGAGCUGUUUCACUGUUUUUUUUUUUCCUUUUUGUCUAUAAUUAGGAGUUAAAGGUAUAAAAUCUAGUGGAACUUUGCUGUAAGCCUGUUGAUUAAUAUAAAGACAUGGGAACUGCAAAGAAUUAUUAGUGGCUUUGUAACCAUUUCUGUUCUGAAUUAUAACUAUCUUUUGGUUCA